GGAGGAGCCCAGAGAAGAAGAGGAGGACAAAAAGGGGGGUCGUCGCGUCGUGGCUUGUAAACAAGUGAGUCUGAUCUGCUACUUUUAGGUCUCAGAACUCUCGGAGUGGUUUAACUUCCCCUUCACGCACAAGAGAUGCAGUCUGUGGUGAGACAAAACCUCCACUCGGACACCGGAGUGGACAUCAAUAAACUCAUCAACGUGAAGCUGAAUGCCUCCUACACUUACCUCUCCCUGGGGAUGUACUUUGACAGGGACGAUGUUGCUCUGCCAAAGUUCUCCAGUUUCUUCCUGGAUCGCUCUGUGAAAGAGCGGGAACAAGCUGAGAAGUUGCUGGAAUAUCUGAACAUGAGGGGAGGACGGAUUCUGCUUCAGACCAUUGCUAAACCAACUAGAGAGGACUGGAGAGGCGGUCUGGAUGCAAUGUCCUUUUCCCUGGAGUACCAGAAGUCCCUGAACGCAUGUGUGCUUGAUGUGCACCGCAGAGCAGGCAGCCAGGCUGAUCCGCAUCUGUGUGAUUUCCUCGAGCAGCAUUUCCUCGAGGAGAGCCACGAAACCAUCAAGAAGCUGGGCGACUACGUCGGCAGCCUGACCCGCAUCACUGGAUCCGAGACCCACGGUCCUAUGGGAGAAUACCUCUUUGAUAAACACACUCUGUGAAGGGCCGCGGCAAUUACGUCAUACCAGCUCCAAAUUUUAUGAAGUUACAAGCAAUCAUUGAUUCACUCACGCUGCAUUGCGUUUCCGUUUAAAACAGACAUUGUGUCAUCUUCAUAGUUUACAUAACUCUUGUGCCUUUGGUACAAAAUAAAUCCAGUGCAAGUUACCUGGAAAUACCUCAAAAAGUGGAAAUAAGGUCCUCAGUGCUAUGUUGCUCCAACUGCCUCUCACCUAAGCUAAGCUGUGUCAUAUUUCAUGCAUUCCAAUGUCGGGUUUCAACAUCCACAAUUUUGUAAAAGUCUGAAGUUUUUACUUGUUCAAAAACAUUAAGAUUUGGAACAAUGAUUUAUGAAAUCCAUUAAAGACGGAUCACCCUGA